AAGUUGAAUAUAUAUACUGAUCUAUAUACAAGAUAUUCAAAAAUAAGCACAUUUCAAAGAGUAAACGCAAGAAAGAUUGCUCAGAGUUAUUAACAAAGAAGAUGUUUGGCAACAAGGAAUCGGAAUACUUUGUUCCGGUGAAGAAUGAAGCUUCGCCAGUGAUAUCAACUUCAAAAAAGAAAGCUCCACCGGUGAAAUCUCCACAUAACUGUGAGGCCAUUCUCAGAGACGCAGAUCCUCCGGUCUCUGUUUCUUCUGUUAAUCUCUUUGAACAGCUAAGGUCUGGUGUUUUCUUGAAGCCCACGAAACAGAUCAAAUAUUGGGUGGACGAAAGAAACAGCAACUGCUUCAUGCUCUUUGCAAAGAACCUCUCUAUAACUUGGUCUGAUGACCCCAACUAUUGGACUUGGUUUACCGACAGAGAGUCACCAAACGAGACAGCUGUGGAAGCUGCGGAAUUGGAAAAUGUUUGUUGGCUCGACAUCGUGGGAAAAUUCGACACGAGGAACCUCACUCCAGGGAUUGUUUACGAGGUGGUCUUUAAGGUGAAGCUAGAGGAUCCUGCCUAUGGAUGGGACAUGCCAGUGAACCUAAAGCUAGUCUUGCCUUACGGUAAGGAGAAACCACAGGAGCAAAAGGUGAGUUUGAGGGAACUUCCAAGGUAUAAAUGGGUCGAUAUCAGAGUCGGAGAGUUUGUAACUGGGAAAUCCGCAGCCGGAGAGAUCACUUUCUCUAUGUAUGAGCAUGAAGCUGGCGUUUGGAAGAAAGGACUAUUCCUCAAAGGUGUUACAAUUCGUCCUAAACAUUAAUAAUUAAUAUGGCAUAUAAAGAAAACAUAAAAUUCCAUAUACACCAGUGGACAUUCUAUGUAUAUAUAUCAUUCACAUCAUGUCAUGUGUGUGUUUGUAUGAUAAGACACUAGUCUGAAUAACCACUUUGCUAUUGAUGUUGAAUAUAUGAAAAGCAAAACCGAGAGUUUGUAACGUUUUAAGUCUAAAUUCGAGUUUUAUGAUUUGAGUGUCCGUAAGUAA